AGCCAGUCGUCCACAGUUUGCUUUCGUGCCGGUGCCAGAUCAGUUGAUCCUUCGUGUGCAGAGUGCAGUUUUGUGGAGUUAGAUCAGCGGCAGUGGAAAUUUGCAAAAAACGUUUUCCCGGAAUUAGUCUAAUGUCGAAAAUGGAAUCUAACUCGAACUUCCGGAAACGUCGUCUUCUUGAAGAUACCGUCACAAGCUCGAAUUGCCUACCCCAGAAGCGUGACGCGGCAACAUCUACGACGAAUAGCACACCAAUGACCCUCGAUAUGUAUACACAAACUGAUGAAGACAAAAAGGAUACAGUCAUUCCAGAAUGUCUCCAAAACAAAUUCGACCAAAUAUUCAAAAUACUUUCACGACAUGAUGAUAUCUUAAAGGAAAUCCGUGCAGCAGUUUCCAUUGGAAGCCCACAGGCCUGCGAAAGUACAACCACUGGUGAGAAUGUCAACUAUAAAAUUAUCAGCGACGAUGGCAAUGCGAUUACCAUUGAGGCGGUUAAGCCAGAGGACAUUAUUGAGGAACCGAUCCCAUAUUCAUCCGAUAUAACUUACGUUACAGAACAAUACGAGAACUCGAACAAUUCUCCAUCUGCCUAUUAUUAUGAAAACAAACAAAAAACCACUCCAAAGGAGUGUCAUGAGGAGCGCUAUGAACCGAGUAAGUCGACGCCAACUAUUUUGAACAAAGUGACCCACUCCGCACCAGAUACAAAUAAUCUUCGAUCGGAAACACCUAACACCUCCAAACAAAUCAAAUUUGAAACCAAAUACGGUGGAAACUUUUCGGAGACUCCAAAACACAAACAGCCUCCCAGAAGGAUGCCAUUGUGCGACGCCAAGCAGGAAAACGGAGGGUCAGCUUCGUCAGAGGAACUCAUCGCUAUUGGAACAAAUGGAACAUUAGUUCCUAAAUCUAUUCUAGAGACUAUGAAGUGGGAUUCAGCUUCUUGCGCUACCAGAAAACUGCUGACCGCAAUUUUCGACCGUCUGACUUUAGCAACUCAUUCUCUCACAGGCCGACCAUCGCCGGCAUUCCAUGGUCGUGAAAAACCUGCGAAAAAUCAACUGGACGCCGGAAAAGUCGCAGAUAUUAUCAGUAUUGUAUCCAAAUGUUGCAAUGUCCCCGAAAAGGAAGUGCGCAAUGCAAUUACGACGAAAUGCGCUGACGAAAAUAAAAUGCAUAACCAGAGGUUACGCAGAGAACAAAAUAAGGAGAAUUAGGUUGUACCUGAUGUAUCAGACACAUGUUGUAAUGUGUCGUAAUAACUAGUGCUAAAAAGGUUUAAAUGUCAUACUGUGCCUCGUUUUGUUGGAUGAAGUAUUAUCACUGUUUUUAUUUAAACCGUACUCGUAUACAUAUACAUAAGAAAAUUUAAUAUAUAGCAGUAGUAUCUGUAGGGGUUAAUAAAUCUCAAAGUAUGUAAUUCAAAGAAGGGUUCUUUGUUUUGUUCUUAUCUAUAGAAAGGGGGUUGGAAAUCCUAAAAAGACAUAUGUGAUGUAGUACUUCGCGGGGAGAACUCCUGUCUAUACAAAAAAGUUCAAACCAAAUGUCCUGAAGUUUUUUAGGGUCACAUCUAAUAUUUGUAUUGAAUGUAUUACUCCAAUAUACAGGGUGCGGCAGCAUAACUUCCUUUUUUCAAAACUCAAUAAAAACUAUUGUAUGCAUCGGAAA